AUGCCGGGAAUCCUCACCAUGCAGCCCGUGAAGGGCAUCUGGACUCUUCUGGCGGUGGCCAUCAAUCUGGCAAGAUUCCCCCUCUGGAUCCUCUAUUACAUUCCUCCAUUCUUGCGACCACAUCCGAAGUGGUCUUUGAGGCAAUGUAUCCAAGUGCAAAUCGUCAAGAACUUCCUCUGGAAUGCCGCGCUGGUCGAAAUGAAGACUCCUCUUUCCCUUGCUCCCCAGGCCGAGAAGGAGAGAUGGGAGGUUGUACAGCCAGCCGACAAGGCACUGUACGUCAAGGUCGCAGCAUCUGACCCUGAGAUCCGCCCUGGUGCUGUUGGCGGUACCUGGUAUCCCGCGAAGCCGUCAGUACCUGGCAAGCCUGGAAUAGUGAUCUGCCACUUCCACGGAGGCGCAUACGUGAUCGGAGACGGACGCACUAAGGAUGCUGGUUUCGCCGCAAAGACGUUGAUCGCCAACUCCGAUGCCACGCACGUCUUCGCCCCUCAGUACCGUCUAUCCUCGAACCCAGGCAACCAAUUCCCUGCUGCUCUUCAGGAUGCCAUCUCCGCGUAUGCCUAUCUCGUCAAGAAGGAGGGCAUCGCAGCAAACAGGAUCGUCCUUUCGGGAGACAGCGCUGGCGCCAAUCUCGCUCUUUCGCUCACUAAAUACCUGACUGAGAACGGCUCUUCCAUCGGUUUGGACACGCCACUCGCCACCCUCCUCUGGUCUCCAUGGGUCUCCCCAGGCCGCUCCGUCACAACCGAGGCCUUCAACUCGAGUCCUAACGUCAGCACUGACUACAUCACCGCUGAGUUCGGCAGAUGGGGCGCCUUGACGUACCGACCCAGCCCACGAAGCGGCCUCACUCUGGAAGACCCAUACAUCCACUUCACCGGCAACCCCUUCAGGACCCCUGUCCCGAUCUAUGUCUCGACUGGAGAAUGUGAGGUUUUGUUCCAUGACGAUGUGAAGCUUGCGGAGGAGUUCAAGGCGGUGGCGGGCAACAAGGUUGAGUUGCAGAUCGAGGAGUACUCUGUGCAUGACACGAUCCUUGCUGGUCCUUUGUUGGGUUUUGAGAAGGAGGCACAGCAGGCGGCGAAGAGGGCUGGAAAGUGGUUGAGGACGAUUUCUUGA